GCGACCUGAAAAUUUUCCGUGCGCUGCGUGCGGCUCCCUUCGCGAGCCCCGUCCGCCGGCUCCGGAUCGUGCGUGAAGGGGACCCAGGGCGACUAGAUCUCUGAAAACACGUGAACAAGCCAGACCUACCUGCUGUCCCCAAGUGUCCAGCGUGACCAGGAGGCGCCUGCCCAUCUGCACUGGCAUGCCCCACCAGCCAUUGGCCUGAGUUGGCGGCUCCCCGCCCCCGCUGCCCGCCACCCUGCACUGUCCCGGUUCCCCCGAGACCCCGGGCCGGGACCCGUCCCCGCAGGGGCCACCCCUGCCGCCAGUCCCUGGUGUCCGGGGUGGUGGUGGCCCGGCCCGCAGGGCCAUGAAGCUGCAGGCAGUGAUGGAGACCCUCCUGCAGAGGCAGCAGCGAGCCCGCCAAGAGCUGGAGGCCCGGCAGCCGCCACCACCUGAGCCCCCCACAGGGACCCGGGCUUGCCCCUCAACCACUGAAGAGGACAGAGAGCUGGACAGAGAGCCAGAGAAUGCCGCCAGGGUACAAAGGACACAGAUGGCCGCGCUGGCUGCCAUGCGAGCCGCAGCUGCAGGGUUGGGUCAUCCGUCUUCUCCAGGGGGCUCGGAGGACGGGCCUCCUGGCUCUGAGGAUGAAGACACCGCCCGGGAAGGGGUUCUGGGAUCGCCUGCCCUGCCCAGUGAAGGAGAUAGGCACCUUGAGGACGUGGGCUCCGAUGAUGACCUGAAGCCAAAGUGGGAGGAAGAAGUGGAGGAAGACCUGGGGGAUGAGGAUGAGGAAGAUGAUUACGAGGAGGAAGAGGAGGAGGAAGAAGAGAGCCUGGGUCCCCCAGGUCCUGCGGGCCUCAGCUCCGCAGGCCUGUUUCCCCGCAAGGCACAGCCCUCCCAGACCUUCCGCACAGAUGGAGUUCCCAGGGCACUUGGCCCUGAGAGGCCAGGACCCAGCCCGGCUCACCCUACACAUGCGACACCCCAGUUGCCACCGCCAGACCAUGGAGACUGGACCUAUGAGGAGCAGUUUAAACAGCUCUAUGAACUGGAUGCAGACCCCAAGAGGAAGGAGUUCCUGGAUGACCUCUUCAGCUUCAUGCAGAAGCGAGGAACACCCGUGAACCGCAUCCCCAUCAUGGCCAAGCAGGUCCUUGACCUCUUCAUGCUGUAUGUGCUGGUGACGGAAAAAGGGGGCCUUGUGGAGGUCAUCAACAAGAAGCUGUGGCGGGAGAUUACCAAGGGCCUCAACCUGCCCACCUCCAUCACAAGUGCCGCCUUCACACUGCGCACACAGUACAUGAAGUAUCUUUACCCCUAUGAAUGCGAGAGACGUGGCCUGAGCAGCCCCAACGAGCUACAGGCCGCCAUUGAUAGCAACCGGCGUGAGGGCCGGCGCCAGAGCUUCGGAGGUUCACUCUUCGCCUACUCUCCCAGUGGAGCCCAUGGCAUGUUGUCCUCACCCAAGCUGCCCGUGCCAUCCCUGGGCCUGGCUGCCAGCACCAACGGCAGCUCCAUCACCCCGGCACCCAAGAUCAAGAAAGAGGAAGAUUCGGCCAUUCCCAUCACUGUCCCGGGCCGCCUGCCCGUAUCCCUGGCAAGCCACCCUGUGGUGGCAGCCCAGGCAGCUGCUGUGCAAGCAGCCGCCGCUCAGGCGGCCGUUGCAGCUCAAGCAGCCGCUCUGGAGCAGCUUCGAGAGAAGCUGGAGUCCGGGGAGCCGCCUGAGAAGAAAAUGGCCCUGGUCGCGGAUGAGCAACAGCGGCUCAUGCAGCGAGCUCUUCAGCAGAACUUCCUGGCCAUGACGGCCCAGCUGCCCAUGAACAUACGUAUCAACAGUCAAGCCUCCGAGAGCCGCCAGGACUCUGCCGGGAGUGGGAGCAGCUCCAAUGGUGGCAGCAGCAUCAGCAUGUCGGUGGAGAUCAACGGCAUCGUGUACACAGGAGUGCUGUUCGCUCAGCCACCACCCCCCACGCCCCCCUCGGCUCCCAGCAAAGGUGGUGGGGGCAGCAGUGCAGGCGGCCGGGCAGGAUCCAGCAGUGCUGGCAGCCAGGUGGGACCAGCUGGGGUGUCUGCUCCCCCUACAUCUUCUACCUCAAGUAACUCCUUGCCUUAAGCCACCACAGGCCAUGGCCACCCAUCAGCCACCUCCAUCCCCUGGGAGUGUCACCAACCUGGGGCACAGAGAGCCAAGGUCCAGAGGAACCAUGUCGACGCCAAAAAGGAGAGAGAAUAUACGUAUAUAUAUACAUAUAUAUAUAUAUAUAAAUAUAAAUAUAUAAAGCAGAUUGAAUAAAGCAGGGGAAAGCAAGGAGUACUUGAAUGUCUCAGGGUCAGACACUCAGAGAAAUGGACGAGAAGGACCUCCGAGGAAAUCAUAAGGCAGAAAGAGUCCACUGUUCUGGAAGCUUCCUCGGGGGUCCGGCUUGGACCAGCUUCGAUGUUCAAGCCAUCUGUUACCUCAUGCAUCCUGGCACUAUGCGUUCUCGUUUGUGUCCGUGUGACCUCGCAGGUCCACGUCUUCUCAUUCCCCGGCUCUUAUGUUGCCUAAAACCCCUCCGCCAAAAUUCACUGAGUUUUGUUUUUAUCUUCUUGUUGCUGUGGGCUGUGAAGGUCCUCCUCUGUUGCAUUGUUCUCUUUUUUGAAAAGAGACCGCAGCAUGCAGGUGCCAGAGGGUUUUCAGGAGGGUUUUUUUCUUUCUUUCUU